AUGCAAGAUGAUGCCCAUGACGAUUUCGACAACGCCGCAAAUUGGCUCUCUACCAAUCCCGAGGCUGCUAAAUUGUCCAACGAGACCAAGUUAGAGAUAUACGGGUUGUACAAAUAUGCUACCACUGGUGAUGGUCCGACGGGCUCCAGACCCUCGAUAUUCUCUCCCGCACCUAGGGCGAAGCAUGACGCAUGGCUCGCUCAGUCUACCAAAUAUGAAAUCCCCGAUGAUGCCCGUGUGCGAUAUAUCGAGUUGGCCAAGGGACUCGGAUGGGAUGGUGCAAAAGUAUCAGCUGGUUGGAGAAAUGUCAGCGUGAUGACUGUGGAAGACGAACCAGUUGCCGGUCCAUCAGGUACUAUACACGAUGCUGUCAUUGAUAAUGAUCUCGAUAAAGUUCGAGAAUUGGUCAAUCAACCUGAUCUGGUCAGUCAAGUGGGAGAAUUUGGUUACACUCCACUUCAUCUGGCAGCAGAUCGAGGUCUGACAGAUAUGGUCAGAUUGCUCUUGGCCAAUGGGGCAGAUCGUCAUGUCAAAGAUGAGGACGAUCAGACUCCUCUGCAGCUCGCACAAUUGUCAAAUAGAGAUGACAUAGUGCAGAUAUUGAACAUGCUAUGA